AAAAGUAUUACUUGUUUUGGAUUUGUAUAGUAUUAUACUAUAUAUAGUAUAAAUAUAUAUUUAUACUAGUAUUAUACAAAUUAGUACUAUAUCGAAAUGAAAUCGAAAUAAGUGGAAUGUAAAUAAAAUAGGAUUAAUUCCAAUCAAUAAAUCUUAAAACGCAACAUGGAAACACCGCAAACAAACGAAACUGGACGAUUCGAUCAAACUGAAUUGUUGUUUUGACUAAACAAACAGUUGCGGAUGACUUGACAAUGAAUUCCAGGUCGAAGCGACUAAUCCGAUCUAUUUUCACAUUCAUAGGAGUUCGUCUAUGUUUCUGCUUUACGAAUAUGAUAUUUUCUGGGCAUUUCUAAUAAUAUCAAGUGCUAUUCCUAUUUUGGCAUUUCUAAUUUCUGGAGUUUUAGCCCCGAUUAGAAAGGGUCCAGAAAAACUUUCUAGUUAUGAAUCGGGUAUAGAACCAAUGGGCGAUGCUUGGUUACAAUUUCGAAUCCGUUAUUAUAUGUUUGCUCUAGUUUUUGUUGUUUUUGAUGUUGAAACGGUUUUUCUUUAUCCAUGGGCAAUGAGUUUCGAUGUAUUGGGGGUACCCGUAUUCAUAGAAGCUUUCAUUUUCGUGCUUAUCCUAAUUGUUGGUUCAGUUUAUGCAUGGCGAAAAGGAGCAUUGGAAUGGUCUUAGUUCCUGAAUAUUCAGAUAAUAAAAAGAAAGAAAAAAGUCAAAAUAAUAAUAACAUUGAGUAUGAAUUCCAUCGAAUUUCCCUUACUUGAUCGAACAACCCAAAAUUCAGUUAUUUCAACUACAUUAAAUGAUCUUUCAAAUUGGUCAAGACUCUCCAGUUUAUGGCCGCUUCUUUAUGGUACCAGUUGUUGCUUUAUUGAAUUUGCUUCAUUAAUAGGCUCACGCUUCGACUUUGAUCGUUAUGGGCUGGUACCAAGAUCGAGUCCUAGACAGGCAGACCUAAUUUUAACAGCUGGAACAGUAACAAUGAAAAUGGCGCCCUCUUUAGUGAGAUUAUAUGAACAAAUGCCCGAACCUAAAUAUGUUAUUGCUAUGGGCGCGUGUACAAUUACAGGAGGGAUGUUCAGUACUGAUUCUUAUAGUACUGUUCGGGGGGUCGAUAAGCUAAUUCCCGUGGAUGUCUAUUUGCCGGGCUGUCCCCCUAAACCCGAGGCAGUUAUAGAUGCUAUAACAAAACUUCGUAAGAAAAUAUCUCGCGAAAUCUAUGAAGAUCGAAUUAGAUCUCAACAGGGGGAUCGGUGUUUUACUACCAAUCACAAGUUUUGUCUUGUACGCAGUACUCGUACUGGAAAUUAUAAUCAAGGAUUGCUCUAUCAACCACCAUCUACUUCAGAGAUUCCUCCUGAAACAUUUUUCAACUACAAGGGUUCACUAUCUUCCCACGAAUUAGUAAAUUAGGUAGGAUUUUUUUUUUUACAGAAACAGACAACGAAUUAAUCUUCAUAAAUUCGAUUUCAUCAUAAAUGCGAAAUACUUAUCUUAUAAAAAU